ACUUUAAAUAGGUACACUUGAUAGGUUCUUGGGAAAUAUACAAAAAAAGACUAAAAAAACAAAAAUUUGACAUGAUAUAAAGUGUCAAAACAAAACAGAUGAAGUGAACCAACUUUUUGGAGGGAAGAAAUAGAGAGAUUUGGAGUUGCAGAAGCAAGAUCCUAGAGAGAGAAAAUAUUAUUAUAUCAUGAUAUAUUCAUAUAUAUUUAUACUAUAAAAAUUAAAAAAUAAAAAGACUGCAAAUAAAUCAAGGGAUUAUCCCAAAAAUGAUCACAAUAUAUCAUUGAAAUUCUCCUUGAGAUUUUAUCCUAUUUUCAUGUUUUCAUAGUAUCUUCUUUUCUCUCUCUUCAUUUUUCUUGUUUCUAUCUUCAUUUUUGUCAAAACUACAUUUAUUGCUAUCUUAGGUACGUAUUUUUGAUUUUCUUGUAACAUAAAAAAAAGUGUUUUAUUAUUUAUUAUUUGGGGGUGUUAAGGUUAUUUUUAGAGAAAGAAAGGGUAGAGAGAGAAAUGGAUAGUGAAGAUCAAGAGACAUCUUCUUCAACUUCUUCUUGUUCAUCUUAUUAUUGUUCAUCUUAUGAAGAUCAACCUCUUGUACUUGCCGUGGAUGAUAAUGUCAUUGACCGUAAACUUAUCGAAAGGUUGCUCAAGACCUCGUCUUGUAAAGUAACCACAGCUGAGAAUGCAAUGAGUGCAUUGGAGUACUUAGGAAUUGGAGAAGACCAACAGAACACCUCCACCUCCAAGGCUUCCAAAGUUAAUUUGGUACUCACAGAUUACUGCAUGCCUGGAAUGACUGGCUAUGAUUUGCUUAAGAAGAUUAAGGAAUCCUCACAGUUGAAAGAAGUGCCCGUUGUGAUAAUGUCCUCUGAGAAUGUUCCAUCCAGAAUUAACAAGUGCUUGGAAGAGGGUGCUCAUAUGUUCAUGUUAAAGCCACUCAAAUUAUCUGAUAUCAAGAAAUUGAGGUGCCAAGUUAUGAAGCGCAGACACUAGGCAUAUGGGAUGGUCACGUUAAUACAAGAUGUUAUGUUGAUACUAUGAAAAAAAAAUUCAAGGUGGAAAAAAAAGGGAGGGUAUAGUAAGCAUGGACGACAUAGGAAGAAGUUAAUUACCCGUGUUGAAAAUUUUGUUUUGGGGAACGCCUACCUUUUGCUUUUGAAAAUGACAGUUUGAAUACUCGGAAUUACUAUGCUAUCAUAGUAUCAUUUUCCUUAACCCAUUUUUGUUACGUUUUCUCUUGUAGUUUUAGUUAUUUUUUAAUAGUUUUUGUUCAUUGUUUUAGACUUUUCAAUUUUUCAAAGGACAUUUUUUUAAAUUUCUUUGAGAUUUAAUUUUGGGAGCUAAUUACAUCAAUAUCUUCCUUC